GUUGUUGUUGGCACUGAAAGUUUGGAAAAUGGCAGAUGAAAUUGCAUCAUAUUUGUCUCGAGCUGAAAAAGCUGAAUCUGAAAUUCAGCUAUUGGAAAGGGAACUGAACGAGCUGAAACAACCCAAUAACUCAACAUUCUCUACUCCUGAACUGGACAGACUGCAGGCAGAGAAUGCAAAGUUAAAAUACCAGAUUGGUCACCUAAAGAAGAGUUUAACAGCAGAAAAGUCAGGUAAAUCUGUCCGAAUGAUUAGCAUCACGACAGCUCUCUCUGAUCUGUUUGGUAUGGCUGUGAGAUCAGCCUACCCUCAGCUGGAGAACCCUCCCAUCAGCGUGACUCAGACAAACACGGAGAAGUUCGGGGACUAUCAGUUCAGCAGUGCCAUGAACAUCGCCCAGUUAUUCAAGGCUCAAGGACAGAAGAUUCCUCCCAGGGAAGUGGCUCAGAAAGUUUUGGAUCAUCUCCCAGAGUCAGAUAUAUUCCAAAAAGUUGAGAUAGCAGGUGCUGGAUUUAUCAACAUCCACUUAGCACCGUCAUACGUUGGGAAAGGAAUUAAUGACCUCCUCAAUAACGGUGUGCGACCCCCAGAUGUCGGACCACGGAAACGAAUUGUUGUGGAUUUCUCCUCACCUAAUGUUGCCAAGGAGAUGCAUGUUGGACACCUCAGGUCAACAAUCAUAGGUGAGAGUGUGUGUAGGUUAAUGGAGUGGGUGGGGCAUGAUGUUCUGCGGCUGAACCAUGUAGGAGACUGGGGUACACAGUUUGGCAUGUUGAUUGCCCACCUGCAGGAGAAGUUCCCUAACUAUCGCCAGAAGUCUCCACCCAUUGGGGAUCUGCAGGCUUUCUACAAGGAAUCUAAAGUGAGGUUUGACAAUGAGGCAGACUUUAAGAAGCGAGCUUAUGAUGCUGUAGUGAGGCUACAGCAGCACCAGGAAGAUUACAUCAUGGCCUGGAAGCUGAUCUGUGAUGUCUCUAGGAAAGAGUUUCAGAAAAUUUAUGAUCGUCUUGGAGUGAGCAUCAUUGAGAGAGGUGAAUCAUUUUACCAGGAUAUGAUGGUGGAUGUUGUGAAGGAGCUAGAAGCAGGUGGUUAUUUGGAAGAGGAUGAAGGAAGGAAGGUGAUGUUUGUUCCAAAUGGUCAGAUACCACUGACUAUUGUAAAGUCAGAUGGAGGCUACACGUAUGACACGUCUGAUAUGGCGGCUAUACGACAGAGGAUCCUAGAGGAGAAAGGAGACAGGCUUGUCUAUGUCAUAGAUGCUGGGCAGGGAUUGCACAUGGCAACUAUAUUUGCUGCAGCAGAAAAAGUAGGCUGGUUAAACCCAAACAAAGUCCGAGCAGAACACAUUGGCUUUGGAGUGGUGCUUGGAGAAGACAAGAAGAAAUUCAAAACCCGCUCAGGGGAAACCAUCCGGCUGAUUGAUCUCUUGGAAGAAGGGUUAAAACGUGCAGAGGCCAAGCUGAAGGAGAAAGAGAGAGACAAGGAGUUAACAGAGGAUGAGUUAAAAGCAGCCAUGGAAGCAGUGGCGUUCGGCUGUAUCAAAUAUGCAGAUUUGUCACAUAACAGGAUGGCGGACUACGUGUUUUCCUUUGAUAAGAUGUUGGAUGACAGAGGAAACACGGCCGCAUAUCUUCUGUAUGCUUACACACGAAUCAGGUCGAUACGACGAAAAGCUGGCGUGGCCUCGGAUGACCUGUUUGCUCUAGCCAAAACUACACCAAUCAAAUUGGAGCACCCGAAGGAGCUGAAAUUGGCCAAAUGUUUGCUGAAGUUCCCGGACAAUCUGAAGAUCUACGAGGAUCUCUUUCUGCAUUCCCUGUGCGAUUAUCUCUACGAACUCUCCACUACCUUCACUGAGUUCUACGAGCAUUGCUACUGUGUUGAGAAAGACAAAGAUACAGGAAAGAUUGUUAAGAUCAACAUGGAGCGCUUAUUGUUGUGUGAAGCCACAACCUCUGUGAUUGAGGGCUUCAAAAUCCUGUCCAUAAAACCAGUGGAGAAGAUGUAGCCAUCUGAGAUUGAUUUACCAGCAAAUGAAUCCUUCCCAGUUUCUUGCAGUUUUUAGGAAAAGGUCACUCUGUUUCCAAAAAAGGAGGCAGAUAUUUUUGAGAAAGUCAAAACAGGAAUCUGUUGUUGAUUAUAUAAAGUUCAGAUAAAAAAAAAAAUUUUUCAUGUCAGGUAAAAGAAUUAUCAUCAUUUUAUUAGGCCAGACUGAAAUAUCAUUAGUGUCAUUUUGAAAGGAAAGGAAGAAAGGACCCAUCCUUGUAUUGAUUUUCCUCUAUAAAGUUAAGAAUGUACUUUAAUUAAAUGAUAUAAUUUCAGACAGAAGCUUAUCUGGAGUGAAAUAAACUGCAGACAUUGG